AUCUAACGAAAUUGCAAAAAGCAAGAACCCCCCAUUUAAGGAAAAGGAAGCGCCACAGAACAUUACUGUCUACCCACCAUGUGUCCCAAUUUACUAAUGGAGAAAAGUCUAUUGCCCGACUGUUAUAUCGAAAACCAGGUAAUCCUCUUUUCUGUGCUCCGAACGCUCCAGGCGGAAGAGCGUCCCUCCGAGAGCGUGGAUGUCCAGCUGCGCGAUCGCUAUGAUGUGUUCCGUCAGAUCCGGUCGAGCUAUCCGUUGCCCCAAAACAGCACUCAGGAUAUCACCAUAUAUGUGGAGGGUUUUGAAAAUCUCACCAUGACAUGUUUGAUACCACCACCUGGGGACCAGUCAGGUGAAGACGUGGAUACGAACGGCCGCUGCCACAUGGCGACCAUGAGCGGGUCGGCCACCAUACCGAAAAGUGUCCUCAAAGAAUAUUUGGACUAAGACCUUUGGAUGACGAUCCGUAAUUCCCUUUCGACCGAACAAAUGUGAAAGUGAUAUUACGAGUAUUUCUUGAAGCCCAGGCCCAUAAAACACAACGAAAGUAAAACUUGACCGUUAAAUGCUGGCCACUUAAAAAAGAAAAUUCAACAUAAAAUUACAAAACAAUUUAGCAGUCAGUCGGCAGUAGGAAUGUCCACAAACAAACCCUAAACAUAUUAAGCAAUUUAAUGUGCGUUUGUCUCGCUUGUUUUCCUGUUUAAAAAACUGGAACCAGCUGGCCGUGUGUCCAGUGAAAUGGCCCAAGCUUAUCAACUCUAAAUGAUCUCAUUCAACAUAUUUUAUUAUUACCUACAACA